CUGCACCAAGCAACACUUUCAUAGAGGGUGAUAGCUAGUAGCAACACAGGAGUGAAAGCGAAGGAGUCUCAAAAGAUGGCGAGGUCGAGUGCUGUUUUGCUGCUUCUUGCUCUGGCUCUGGCCCAUGCCACUGCAAGAACCGUACCCAGCGAUGCUGGUCUUGAUGACCAGAAAAACUUUGUCACCUAUGGUGGCGUUGGAGGUUACUCUGGCCUUGGCUCUAACGGCCUUCCCUUCGGUGGAGGUGGCGCUGUUGGUGGGGUUACUGGCCUCGGUGGCACAGGUGGACUUGGUGGUGGAGUAAUGGGGGGGAUUGGAGGGUUGGGUGGUCUUGGUGGUGGUAUUGGUGGUGGCACUGGUGUUGGCGGUGGACUUGGUGGUGGCGGUGGACUUGGUGGUGGUGUUGGUGGCGGUCUUGGUGGUGGUGCCGGAGGUGGUGUUGGUGGCGGGACUGGUGUGCUUCCCUUCCCUUGAAUCGAUGGACUUUGGCAGUUUAAGUUGUUUAAGAGUUGGAGUGAUAUCUCUAUAUCUAGCUAGCUAGCUUGGUCGAGUGUUUGUCAGUUAAGGUUAGUUAUGUUUGUUGGGUGUGAGAAGGUUAUCCUUCUUUGUUUAGCUAAGUUUGCUUCUGAGUUUAAUUUAUCAUUAAUCGUUGUUUUGCUGUUGUUGUGGAGAUCUAACGUAAAUAAAUUCAUUUUGCGUUGUCUCUUCUUAUUAUAACAUGCUGUAAUGCUGUUUCCCAUCCAUUUUCAAGCCAAUUGAGGCUGCAUGAAAAGAAUAUUUGAUGUAAUGAUUUUAGUAACCUAAUACCUCUUAAGAUGGCUUUUAUCUUUUAAAAAAUAGUUUGUCUCAUA